AUGAGACGAUUAGCAAUUUUUACUGCAGCCACUCAUCAAUCCGGCGUGAUCCACAACCUAAUUUCUUCCACCCGAAAGCUUCACGUUCCAGAUAACUCUGAUGGAAAAAACAUCAAACACCAUAGGCACCUGCACCUGCUCCACGACCCCGCAAAAAUCCGUUCACUCGAUGAAGCAAAAUCUUUCCACGCUUUCGUCAUCACUUCGGGCUCAUUUCCGACCCAGGAACCCGUUUUCCUCUACAACAAUCUUGUCUCCAAGUACGCGUCCUUCGGCAAAAUUCACAUGGCUCGCCGGUUGUUCGACGAAAUGCCUCAACGGAAUGCUGUUUCGUAUAGUUCCAUGAUAAGUUGUUACAGUCGAGAUGGAUUUCCGAAGGAGGCUUUGGGACUGUUCUCCGAAAUGAGGAAGUGUGAUUUUAAGCCGACAGAGUUUACGUUUGGCGGUUUGUUAUCGUGUCAGUCGUUGGGUGUAUUAGAAGGAAUGCAGUUGCAGGCGUUGAUUGAAAAGAUUGGGUUGCUUUACGUAGACGCUUUUGCUGGAACUGCGUUGUUGGGAAUGUACGCGAGACAUGGAUGUUUAGAUGAAGCUCUUGGAAUGUUUGAAUUCAUGCCUAAAAAGAACUUGGUAACGUGGAAUAGCAUGAUACAUGUGUUUGGUCAGAUGGGUUAUAUAGAAGAUUGCAUUUUUAUGUUAUCUGAGCUGAUGAGAAGCCGAGUUUGGAUGUCCGAAUACACAUUCAUCAGUGUUUUUACUAGCUUAGAGGAAUUUGAUAUACAAUUGGGCGAGCAAAUACAUGGGUUAGUGAUAAAGUUUGGUUUUGAUGCCGUAGCUUCAGUGUGCAACUGUCUGAUUAAUAUGUAUGCAAAGUCUGGCGCCACAUGCUUGGCAGAGAAAAUGUUUGAGAAUGCUCCUGUUAAGGAUAUAGUGUCAUGGAACACUGUGAUUGGAGCAAUGGCAAACAGUGAUAAACCAGCCAAAACACUUGAUAUCUUCCUGAAGAUGUGUAUGACUGGAUUAUCACCUAAUGAAGUAACAUUUGCAAAUCUGCUCAACUCUUGUUCAAGAGUGCACAUUUUAUCAUAUGGGGAAUACAUCCAUGCCAAGAUGAUUAAGAAAAGAUUUGAGUCUGAUAUGUACACUGGGAGUGCUUUGGUUAAUCUUUAUGCAAAGUUUGAUAAGGUACAAGAAGCAUCUAUUUGUUUUGCUGGCAUAACUCAGAAAAAUUUGGUUUCUUGGAACUCAUUGAUGCUGGCGUACUCGAACAGGGAUUCUUUUUCUGUCAGGUUGCUUCAGGAGAUGAUUCACUCAGGAUAUUACCCAAAUGGAGUGUCAUUUUCUAUUGUUAUUAAAUCAUCAUCAAAAGCAGAGUUGCUACAACUUCACGCACUGACAAUAAAAAUGGGAUACCAUGAAAAUGAUUAUGUGUCAAGCUCUCUUAUAAGCUCAUAUGCUAGAAAUGGUUUGGUGUCCGAUGCCUUGAUCUUUGUUGGUUCUAGUAGUAACAAGCUUCCUGUUGUUUCUUCUAAUAUUAUUGCAUGGAUUUAUAACCAAACAGGACAUUUUGAAAAAACUCAAGAAUUAUAUGCUGCAGUGGAGAAUCCAGACACUAUAUCUUGGAAUAUUUUGAUUGCAGCUUGUUCCCGGAAUGGUGAUUAUAAAGAGACUUUUGAACUUUUCGGUCACAUGCGUGCAUCUGAACUCUGUCCAGACAAUUAUACUUUUGUUAGCCUCUUCAAUGUCUGUACCAAAUUGUGUAACCUUGCUCUGGGCAGUUCUCUUCAUGGUCUUAUUGUGAAGACUGAUUUUAAGUUGUGUGACACAUUUGUCUGCAACACAAUGAUUGACAUGUAUGGAAAAUGUGGAAGCCUUCAGAGUUCAGUUAAAAUCUUUAAUGAGAUGACGAAGAAGAACAUUAUUUCUUGGACAGUCCUUGUAUCAGCCCUUGGACUGCAUGGCCAUGCAAAUGAAGCAUUACAAAAAUUCAGGGAGAUGGAGCGAAUGGGCAUCAAGCCAGAUAAGGUUGCUUUUCUGUCUGUUCUUUCUGCUUGUAGGCAUGUUGGAUUGGUGAAACAGGGAAUGGAUCUCUUUAGCCAAAUGAAACCAAUGUAUGGGAUCGAACCAGAUAUAGAUCAUUAUCUCCUUGUUGUCGAUCUAUUGACCGGACACGGGCAUAUUAAAGAAGCUGAGCAACUCAUUUUGAGAAUGCCUAUUCCGCCAAAUGCACUGAUAUGGCGUAGUUUCCUUGACGGCUGUAAGAAACAAAGGACCAAAGAAAGUCUUGCUCUUGCAGUAUAA